AUGGACUUCCAACUUGAUUUCGACGAUGAAGAUUGCGAGAACGAUUGGGAUUAUGACGAACUUAUCAGUCAUGCUGCAGGUGAAAUUGCUGAUGGAGCGCAACAGUGUGUCGCGCAGCCUGGUCGGUUACAUAACCUUAAGAAAUUCGCACUCAGCAGCAUACAACUUUUGAGUGCCAGCGCCUUUGUCAAGACCGCGAGUGUUGACGAACGUUCAAAAGCUAUUACUGAAGUGAAAAAUGCGGUUUCACAAACUGUUGGCAAUGCGACCAAUCUAGAAAGCGCAGCUCAGAACAUGAGCAGAUUCAUACAGAACCUGAUUUCAGACCCACAGUCUCCAUCGAAUCAAACAGCCAUGAGGAACAUUGCCGAGUGUAUUUCUAUCCGUAAUACAGCCUGUGGUUACGACUCGCAUGUCACCCCGUCUUCCACUACGCGACAUACUACUAGCAAGCUUGAGCUCGAAAGCCACUCAAGUGCGGUCACCACAGCGUUAUAUAACACAUUUCACAACAACACAUAUCUACCGUGUUCGUGCCCAGGGAAAGGUGGAGCGAUGCGUCUGUCCGAGCAGUAUUUCUGCGCUUUGCGGCUUCCGGGUAUUGGGCAAGGCACAUUCGAUGACCAAUACGACUCCUUCGACUCGGUCAUUGCUUACAAGCAUGAUGACUUUUAUAAUUGGACACCGGUACAGUUUCAGCUACCCAGGUUGGUCCAAGCGUACAUCAUGUUUGUGUACGAUAGCUAA